AUGCCUGUGAAUUCUAGAGAGGAAGAAUCGACCCCCCUGGUGAUCAGAGACCGGGGGGGAAGUCAGAGGUCCAGCUCCAGCAUGGCAACCGGCUUACAAGUGCAUGUCUACUUUUUUCCUGGCACAAAGGAUGCAACAGUAUUCCAAAUUUCACCUGGACAGAUAUCUGCAGAAAAUGUUUGCAUCCAAGCAGGAAAGAAAUGUGGAAUCCUCCCAGUGUACCUGAGCCUUUUUGGUCUGGCAUCUUCAGAUCUGUCAUUUUGGUAUCCACCAUCACACAUGUUUGACUCAGAUGAAAACUUACUUAUUCACUUUAGAGUCAGGUUUGUCUUUGGAAACUGGUUUGGCCAAGGAUCAAGAACCUCAUAUCGCUACAGUCUGACAAGAGAUAGAAUUAGUCCAGUCCUUGACUACAAUGUCAUAGAUUACCUUUUUGCUCAGUUGCGAAGUGACUUCAUUACAAGUGAAGCAGGAAUUGUUCCACCAUUGAGUGCUCAGGAGGAAUGCCUUGGCCUUGCUGUGUUGGACUUAUGGAGAAUGGCUAAAGAGCGACGGCAGACUAUCAGGGAGCUCUGCAAGUCUGUCAGCUAUAAAUCGUGCCUCCCCAAGUCACAUCGGCACGACAUCCAGAAACGAAAUCGCCUGGACCGCUUUCGAAUCCGAAACACCCUGAAGCGUUUCUUGAAGAAGCUUGGCAAAUGCUCUGUUGAUGAGUACAGCUUGAAACUCAAAUACCUGAUUGAACUUGCUGGCAUUGAGCCCUCUCUAGGGAGUGAGACCUUCCGUGUCAAUCGUUCUUCCUCUGACACAACUUUCACCCUUCUACGAGUCUGUGGCGAGACGGGAAUCCAAACUGGCCAUUCUGAUGGUGCCCUGGAAUGGCAGACCUUCUGUGAUUUCCAUGAAAUUGUAGAUAUCAGUAUUAAGAGGAUUCUAAAUGAAAUGGUCCCACAAGACAGCAGGAUGGUCACAAUAACUCGGAAAGAUGAGAGAUGCUUGGAAGCCAGCUUCCAGAGCCGCAGCGAGGCCCUUUCCUUUAUGUCUCUGAUUGAUGGAUAUUUCAGGCUAAUCACAGAUUCAAGCCACUUCUUCUGUCAAGACAUUUCUCCACCAAGUCUCCUUGAAGGACUCAAAAACCAUUGUCAUGGCCCCAUCACAUCGGACUUUGCAGUCAACAAGCUGAAGAAGUCAGGAUGUAAAGGCGGUACCUUCCUUAUUCGGCAGAGUCCCAAGAACUACGAGAACUUCUUUCUUACCGUCUGUGUUCAGACUCCACUUGGACUUGAUUACAAAGACUGUCUCAUUAUUAAAAGUGAGAGCUACAGUCUUCCUGGUGUGCCAAAAUCAUUUUCCAGCUUGAGAGAACUCACCAACUAUUAUCAACACAACAAGUUGCUGUUGGCUGAAAUACCUGUCAAGCUAACUCACUGCUGUCCACCUCGACCCAAAGAGCUAACAAACCUCAUAAUCGUACGAAACAGCAGUUUGUUUGAAGCUCUAGGGUCUCCGUCACCUGAGAGAAACAAGUUCAGCCACAUUCAGAUCCACAUGAUCAAAUUUGAUGACCUGAAAUGGGGUGAGAGCCUUGGACAGGGUUCCUUCACUCGAAUUUUUAAAGGCUACAAAACUGACACCCGUGAGGGAGAAAAGCACAUGACUGACGUUAUACUGAAGGAGCUCGAUUCUGCUUACAAGAGCUGCUGGGAGUCACUCUUUGAAGCUGCCAGUUUAAUGAGCCAGGUUUCUCACAAACACCUCCUCCAUGUAUAUGGUGUCAGUGUUCAUGGAUCGCAAAACAUCAUGGUCCAGGAGUUUGUCAAGUACGGAGCCCUUGACCUUUACUUGAAAAGAGGGACAUCUGUCUCAGUGAGCUGGAAACUCAGCAUAGCCAAACAGCUUGCAUGUGCACUCAACUUUCUGGAAGAACAAAACAUUGUCCAUGGAAACAUUUGUGCCAAAAACCUGCUGCUGGCAAGAGAAGGUGACCCUUCAUUGGGCAACUCUCCCUUCAUCAAGCUGAGUGACCCUGGUAUCAGUGUGGUGAUGAUGGGCACCGAUGUUAUUCUGGACAGGAUUCCCUGGGUGGCCCCUGAGGUGCUUAACACCCCAGACAACCUUACGCUGGAGUGUGAUAAGUGGAGCUUUGGUGCCACUGUGUGGGAAAUCUUCAACGAUGGAAGCUCCCCUUUAAGAGGCUGGAACUUAGAUCAGAAGAGGAGUUUUUAUGAGAACAUGCAGCAGCUGCCCCCUUCCCAGUGGACAGAGUUAGCAGAGCUGAUCAGUCAGUGCAUGGAAUAUGAUGCCGCCUUUAGACCCUCAUGUCGCAGUAUCAUCCGUCAGCUCAACAGCCUCAUCACCUCAGAUUACGUGAUUCUUCACCCUACUGAACCGGUAACACAAAGCCCCAUGUCCAUCGCUCUCAGCACUUCUCAACAUGAUCAGUUUGAGGAGAGAUACUUAUGCUACAUCUCCCAUCUGGGAAAAGGAAAUUUUGGGUGCGUGGAGCUUUGUCGUUACGAUCCUUUGGGUGAUAAUACUGGUGAGCUUGUGGCUGUGAAGAAGCUGCAGCCAAACAAAGUUUCAAAUCUGGAGGAUUUCCACAAGGAGGUUAAAACUCUCAGUGUUUUGCAUUGUGACUACAUCGUCAAGUACAGGGGAGUCUGCUACAGUGCAGGUCGCCUCAGUAUGAGCUUAGUGAUGGAGUACCUUCCCUAUGGCAGCCUCAAUGGCUAUGUUUGGACUAACCGCCAUAACAUCACCCCCAGGAGGAUGCUGCUGUUUGCCUCUCAGAUCUGUAAGGGGAUGGAGUACCUGCAGACUCAACGUUAUGUCCACAGAGACCUUGCAGCCAGAAAUAUUCUUGUUGCCAACGAUUCGCUGGUGAAAAUCGCAGAUUUUGGUCUGACCAAAGUUCUUCCCUUUGACAAGGAGUAUUACCGCCUCUCACAGCCUGGACAGAGCCCCCUCUUCUGGUUAGCUCCAGAGUGCCUUAAUGAGAAUAAAUUCUCCAACAAAUCAGAUGUUUGGAGUUUUGGGAUUGUUCUUCAUGAGCUCUUCUCCUACUGUGACAAUAGCUUUAAUCCCAAAAGGCUUUGUCUGCAGGAGAUUGGGCAAAACGUUCAGGGUACAUCUAUUUCAAUGCAUCUGGCAAACAUGCUGGCGAAUAACUGGAGGUUACCAGCUCCUCCAAACUGCCCUCCCAAGGUGUACAGUUUGAUGAAAGAGUGUUGGACCUAUGACUUUGAUCAGCGGCCGACUUUCUCCCACUUGUCAAAAAAGGUUGAAAACAUGAUCCAGGAUGACAGAUAAAAUGUUAAAGGCUGAGAAAGACUAUAAAGAUGUAGUUUAACAGCAGCAGUAUUAAAUGACACGUUGUAUUUAUUCCCUCAAGUUUAUGUCACAGUCAAAGCAGCAUUUCAGCGUUUUAUUUUACUUAUAUACAGAAACUAGAGAUUUUACAGGAAGUUGUUAAGGUUAAAGGUAUAGUGGAGGAUGUUGUUUUUCCGGGUGGAUCAUCAAAAUAAGUGGUCCUCCUAAUUGUCGAUC